AUUCCGGUGUUUCGAGGCUCUGGCGUCCCUCUGGUCAGAGACAGUAUCUCAAGUACUGACCACUUUGGCAGUGAUGGACUUGGAGACGUGAUUGAAGAUAAAGAUCCACAGUGGGAGGAGAAAAUCCAGAAGGAGCCUGCAGCCAAUGCAUUGAUAAGACUGGUGUCUGAAAACCAGAACCAGGUCUCCCUGGUCGCCCUCGGCCCGCUCACUAAUCUGGCCCUGGCUGUCAGACUGGAUCCACGAUUUCCCCAAAAGCUCAAAGAUCUGUACAUCAUGGGGGGCAACAUGGAAGGAAUAGGAAAUAUGAAACUGUGUGCAGAGUUCAACUUUGCGAUGGACCCAGAGUCGGCCUUUAUUGUUCUCGAAGAGUUUCUCUGCCCUACAUACAUUGCAACAUGGGAAUAUGCGUGCAGGAACGGACUGACAUGGGACUUCUUUGAGGAGCUGAUCAACCAGGAUGCACCAGCCGCACGCUUCAUGAAGAUGAUAACAUCCAAGUGCUGGGCCUACUCCAAAGAGGCUUUGAUGAACAAGAGAGACGUGUACUUUGGAUCGUGCUUCGUCUCGUAUGAUGCCUAUGCGAUGGCCGCCUGCAUUGACGGCAGUGUGGUGACGGAGAGCAUCCAGUGUCCCGUUCGCCUGGAGCUGCAGGGUUCCAUCGCUCGUGGCAUGAUGGCACUAGAUCGCACCAACAUGCUGAAGAAGAGUCACAGUGUGUUUGUUAUGACUAGGUGUGAUACUGCCAAGUUUGGUCAGCUACUAAUGGGGUCUCUUAGGCAACCAUGUAAAAAGUAACUUUUUUGUAUACAGAUUUGUAAAUAAAGCGGUUACACCCUUA